CAACCUCAAGGAAUUGUUAUUUAAAGCCAAGUGAUAGAGAGGAAAUAAAUAACCGUCGAUCAAAAAUUAAGCGACCGCAUGAAAUUCAGAGACUGCGUUAACACCCUGCUGAAAAGCGAGAUCAGCGAAGCAGAGCUUCGAAAAUGCGAAUGUGAUCUGCUUCAAUUUGUGGGAGAGUGUGAAAUUCUGUAUGGGAAGGAAGUAAUGACAUUCAAUCUGCAUUCAAUGCUGCACCUAUGUGAAUCGGUUAGACAAAGUGGGCCGCUAUGGGCAAGUUCAACAUUUCCUUUUGAAAAUGGAAUUUUUUAUUUCAAACGCCACAUCAAUGCGCCUCACGGUGUAAACCAUCAAAUUGCAAAUUUAGUAUUAAAAAAACAAUUUAUUAAAUCAAAUAUCAACGAUGCUUCAACGGUGCCUGCUUGUCGUAAUUACUGUCAUAAUUUAUUUAAACCAAAUCGUCUGAUAAACUGCGUGAAAAGUGAUAAUGGUGUGACACUGAUCGGUACAGGCCGACACGACAAAAAGAUUCAAACAGUGAUGAUGAAUCACCUAGAUGGAGUACAGAUACCGGUUAAAGUAUUUAAUCGAUGUAUUUACAAGGAAAUCGUGUUGCGCAGUACCUCAUACAUUCGUCUACAAAAAACAGAUGAUACUGUAGUACAAAUAAAAUCAAAGAAAAUAAUUAAAAUUCACAGCUUUGUACUUGUCAACAAUACAUGUUACCUAUACGGUCGUGAAAUGUUAAUAACUCCGUGGAUGUUUAAGGGAAGAGUACAAUUGGACCAUCUGUUUGAAGUACAAGACACAGAAGGGGAUGUACUAAUUGUUAACGCCGAAAAUGUUCAAUGCAAAGUAAUACACUUUUCUACCGGAAUCAAAGACUACAUUGCCUUCUUUCCCAAAAAUUUGGGAAUGUAGAAGAUCAAUUCCUGUACAUUAAAGCGCUUUGUAAAAAUAAUUUUUGAAUGAUUUUUUUAUGUACUUUGAAGUCGUGUUGAAUAAAACAAGGUCCGUUAUUUUUAACAAUACAAUAAUGGAUUUAAUUUUGCAUACACACAAAAACAAUCUUUGGCAGGCAACAAUGGAAAAUGAAAACAAAAAAGAUGGAAGUAAAGAAAAGGAAAGUUUCUGUUUUGAAAGAGACACAGAAGAGAAACGAGAGCAAAUAAACAGUCACAAAAAACAUCACAACAGCAAGGUGAUUUGCUAAAAAAGAGAAAGAGGCAUA